AUGUUGAAGCAACGACUUUCGACGUUUUGGAGAUCGGAUGAACGUCUACUGCAAAUGUCGAAGAUGCAUCUUUUUGCUGUAAAAGUUCUGCUUUUUUCCUGCACAUUUGCAUGGACUGUAUCCAGUGACGAUACCAAUGAUAUAGAAGUAGGAUUGUGCGAUAUUGAUCCUGUUUUGUACAAUGCAACAGUAACGGCAUUCACAAAGGUAGCAAAACAUCUCAACCUUGGAAUCGAAAUGUCGAAUGAGGUUGCUGCGGUAUCAGGAAGCGAGUUGUUUUUGGAUGAUUGCGAACUUUAUAGAAAGGCGAAAAAUCUUGCAGUACAACUUUGUGUUGGUAUCAAGAGUGAAUGCGGAAAAUACGAUUGUGUUAAUCGAACUUGACGGCAGUAUUCCUACUGCAAAAGAAGUUUGACGGAGGGCUCUGAGGACGGCGAAGUGGCCGAAACAGACCGUUUUUGUCGGCAGCAGCCGGAUGUGCGCACGCGGACUGCUCUGGAAACAUUACCAUUGUUUGCCUUUUGGGAUCAAUGUAAGUAG